UAUAGUGCUUAAAUUAAAAAAAUCACUGUGUUGGAUGAGUGAGGUUUAAUUUGAUAAAUUAAUAAUCAAAGUUCCUUUGAAGAUGAAAGGAAGCAGGUGUUUCUCGGACAUUCCGUUUCAUGUUUUCCUUGAUGACAGUUAACCUGUUACUUUGUUACUGCAAAGAAGGAGAAGCAGAGUCAUCCUCACGUUUAUUCGUAAUCACAUAUUUUCAGAUCCAGAGAGCUUGGAUCGACAGAACCUUCCAGAAGAGGGAAUGUAUCCAGAUCAUUCCCAGCAAAGACCCCAGCAGGUGCAGCUGUGGUCAGCUGGUGGCACAGCACACCGCCGUCCCUCUGGGGGCCAAAGAGGACGGGGCCCCGCUGGUCCAGCUGGAAGUCCAAUCUACGGAGAGAUGGAGUGCCCUCAAACACACCCAGGUCUCCCCCACUGAUGCCUACGGAGUGCUGGAGUUUCAGGGAGGAGGACAUGUCAACAAGGCCAUGUACAUCAGGGUCUCCUUUGACUCCAAACCAGAUUCCCUGCUCCACCUGAUGGUGAAGGACUGGCAGCUGGAGCUUCCCACACUACUCAUCUCUGUUCAUGGAGGCCUCCAGAACUUUGACCUGCCUCCCAAGCUGAAGCAGGUGUUUGGUAAAGGGCUGAUCAAAGCUGCUGUCACCACUGGAGCCUGGAUCUUCACUGGAGGAGUCAGUACAGGAGUUAUCCGCCAUGUUGGCGAUGCUCUGAAAGACCAUUCUUCAAAGUCCAGAGGGAAAGUUUGUGCUAUUGGGAUUGCACCAUGGGGGAUUGUGGAGAACAAAGAAGACCUGAUUGGGAGAGAUGUGACCCGGCCUUAUCAGACAAUGUCCAACCCACUCAGCAAGCUGUCAGUCCUGAACAGCAGCCACUCCCACUACAUCCUUGCUGAUAACGGGACAUGCGGAAAGUACGGCGCUGAGGUUCGCCUCCGCCGGCAGCUGGAGAAGCAUAUCUCUCUGCAGAAAAUCAACACGCGUCUCGGUCAGGGGGUCCCAGUGGUCUGUCUAAUCGUAGAAGGUGGUCCAAAUGUUAUCUCAAUCACACUGGAGAGCUUGAAGGAGGAGCCCCCUGUCCCAGUGGUGGUCUGUGACGGCAGUGGUCGAGCUUCAGACAUCCUUUCGUUUGCUCACAGAUACUGCGAGGAAGAUGGGUUGGUUAGUGAGAGUGUCAAAGACCAGCUGCUGGUCACCAUCCAGAAGACCUUCAACUACAGCCGCAGCCAGGCACAGCAGAUCUUCCUCAUGGUGAUGGAGUGCAUGAAGAAGAGAGCUCUGGUAGGUUGGGGGCAAAUUGAAAUUAAGUUUUUUUUUUUGUUUGUUUUUUGUUUUUUUUCAUAACUGCAUUUGUCUGUCACGUAUGUCCUCAUCAGUUCAUUAAUAAACCUGAUCUCCAUCCCCA